GUCAGAAAAUUAAGUCAAUGAUACCAAAAAAAAAAAAAAGUUUGUUUUGAACUAUUACCUUUCCACAAACCAUCGGGAAAACAUUACCAACUAUGAGUUUACACUACCUGUCCACUUCAAGCGUUAAUCGUGACCUAUCUCUCUAUUCCCUUUCCCUGUAAAUUUACACAUACUUCAUAGAUGAUGACAUGGCAUUUGAUUUUUCCCCAUUCUUGUUUUUUCCAAAAAUGAAGGAAAUGUACGAGACACACGGUUUGGAUUGCCUUGGCGAAGAUGAAAUUAGCCAGCGCUGCAUUCUUCAAAGGAAGAGAUAUGCUAGGUUUACACCUACACAAAGAGCAAAAAAAAUUCAAAAGACAAUGCAAAAUAGGAAGAGGAAACACACUGCACAUUAUACUUCUCCAAACAUAAAUCUUGGUUGUGAAUUCUUAGAUGGACAAACACAAAAUCCAUCGCCAAAUCGCCCUUUGGAGGACAACCUAAUGGAGUCCGAAACGAACGGACAACGACUGCGAGAAGUCCAUCUUUUCCAACCACAUGAAUUGCGGAGCAUGGCAAAUUGCCAAUUUUGUCGGGCUAAAAGGUUCCAAAACGAACCUCCAACUUUUUGCUGCCACAAUGAAGAAGUAAUUCUGACAAGCCCGUCUGUCCCAUCAUACCUACGAAACUUGUUCACUUCUCAAACUGUUGAAGCUUUGGAAUUUCGGAAACACAUCCGUGCCUAUAAUAGCAUCUUCGGUUUCAUAUCCUUUGGCAUCACGUUAGACAAAAGACUUGCUAAUUCAACAAGAGGAGUUUACACAUUUCAUGCACAAGGGCAAAUUUACCAUGAACUACCAUCUUUGAUUCCAUCAGCUACUUCUCCUUGUUACUUCCGGCUAUACUUCUAUGAUACUGAUAAUGAACUCCAAGAUAGGUUAGACAUUAUGGAAAACAAGCUGGACCACAAAAAAAAAAAAAAAACCCACUUAACCCACACAUUGUCCGAACACUAAUGGAUAUGCUCUCUGCAAACCCAUAUGCCAUGUUUCUUAGGAGACUAGACCAGAGUACCUUGGAUUCAUAUAGGAUACACAUAAGGACUGACGUCAAGCUCGACCAAUGGGUUUACAACUCCCUAUUUGCUGACCAAGUGGCUGCAAUAUGGAUAGAAGGAAAUAAUGCAACUAUCUCUCCUGAACGUGACAUUAUAGUGCACUCGAACUCUGGACACAAACAUAGAGUGCAACACUAUUAUGGUUGCUAUGAUCCGUUGUAAUACCCAUUAUUAUUUCCUAGAGGUGAGGUUGGAUGGCAUCAAAAUAUCCUUAGCAGAAUUUAAGGUUGCACUAGCAAUUGUGCAUCAGCUACGCAAAAUGAUCCGUCUUUUUAAAGUUUCAAAUCAGCUGAAGAUAUUUUCAGACAAGAACAAGACAGUACCUAACUUUUCCUCUUCCUUACAAUUUGAAAUUGCAUAAAAGUCAGUUGCGUACUUACCGAUUACAUUUGUGGUCUUAUUUGAAAAAAAAAAACACGUUCAAGGCAUGUGCAACUUUGGGAAAUGCAGCUUAUUUGGUAUUACACAUUUUGUACAGGUGUUGAUGGUUCU